AUGGAAGAGCCUCCAGAAGAGGAUCUGGACGAAAUCCAAAGUACAGCCAAGUCCCCAGAUGACGGCCACACAGAUGGCCAGGAAGACAACAGACAGAACCAGGAUGAAGUGGAGGCGGGUGACCAGACUGAUCACAGAGCAGCUGACCAGGCUGCCCAAAGAGUGUCUGGCCUGGCUGAACCCAGCAUAGUUGAUCAAGCUGACCACAAAGCAUAUGAACCCACGGGGGAAAGAACAACUGAUCCGGCUGACCUCAGAGCAUCCAACCAUGCUAAUGUUGCCGAUCUUAGAGCAUCUGAUCCGGUUGACCGAAGAAUGUCAGAACAGGGGAACAGCAAGGCCUCUAGCCAAGCUACUGGUGUCGAGCCUGACAGCCAGAUGUCUGCUCUGCCUGAACAAGGUACUUCUGAACAGAUUGAACAAAGGGCUUUUGAGCAGAUUGAUCACAGAAUGUCCAGCCUAGCUGAGAGAAGAGCUUCUGAACAAAUUGACCAUAGACCAUCUGUCCCAUCUUUACAAAGAGCCUCUGUGCAGAGUGAUCACACAAUGUCCCACCCGGCAGACCAAAGAACUCCUCAACAGAUUGAGAGUAGAUUGUCCGGCCUGGUUGAGCGAAAAACUUCUGAACAGCUUGAUCAUCAAUCGUCUGACCAAGUUGACCACAGAACAUCUAUAAAGCCUCAUCGCGAAGUGUAUGAGCAAGCCACUACCCCAGCUGAACACCAGGCUGCUGACCCUGACGAGGCUGGCAGUGCAUCCAAACAGGUUGACAGCUUAAUGGAAGAAGAUGAUUACACAGAAGACAACCUGUUUGACUAUGGAGAACGUAGCAGGUCUGAUGACAGAUUAUUUCACCAGCUUGGCUACAGCAAGAAAGACAAAGAGGCUGACUUCAGAGUACAGCCCUGCAAAUUUGAGCCUAGCCAGACAGACAGCAGUAUAUCCAAGGCUUCCCUUGAAACUGACACGGAAAGUGUAGUUGAUCUGCAAGCAUUCGUCCCAUUUGAUAACAGAUUCUCCAGUAUUUUCCAAAUAAAAGACCAGGCUUACUCCAAAAAAUUUCCCUCCAUUGAAACCAAAUUGGAUUCUAUCAGCAGUCAAGAAAAAACUCAACCUAUGGAAACCAAGCCUGAUGGUAUUUCAGAAUACCAGGAAAGAGGCAGUUCUCAGGCAUACAGUCAGUCUUAUAGCAGGCGAUUCCCUCCUCUAGUAUAUGAAGAUCCUUAUCAAGUUUCACUACGAUACAUGGAGAAGCACCACAUUCUGCAAAUAUUCCAGCAGAUCACUGAAAACUUAGUCUAUGAAAAGCCAGAAGACCCCCUGAAUUUUAUGCUGUGCCAGGUUAGAGAUCUGAUACAGGUCUACCAUACUGACAUCAAUGUGUUGGCAGGCCCGGCUUUGUUCCUUUCUGGAGUCUCUAAGGGGAGAAUCCAUUUCCUACUCAUUUGGGUUAUUGGCAGAAUUCAGUUCCUGUGUUUGUAG